AUGCACUGGGUCGCGGUGAUCGAACUGAAGACGGGCGAACGGGUCAAGGCAGUCUUAUCGGAUUGCGGAGAGCUGGAUUCGGUCACGUAUCGCCAUUGGGCUGACGCACGAGGGAUCGACUAUCAGUGGACGUCGCCAGAGGGAUCGCCGCAGAAUGGGAUAGUCGAACGGAUGCACCGUACCCUAAACGGCCGUACUCGCGCAAUGCGCAUUGCAAGUGGAGCUCCGCCCAACUUCUGGGACGAGUACGCGCACACAGCCGCAUAUCUGCACAACCUCACACCACUCGAACGAUUUGGGUACCGCACCCCAUACGAACUGUUCCACGGCAAACCACUGGAUGUCUCCCAUCUACGGGAAAUCGGCUGCCAAAGCUUUGCACUUACGCUAGGCAAUAACCCAAAGGCCUACGCACGGUCGAUUCCUUGCAAACUCAUCGGAUAUGCUCCACACAGCAGAGCGUGGAGACUAUGGUACAAGGACGCGCGCGGCCACAGUCGGAUCUUCGAAUCAAUACAUGUGGAGUUCAUCGAAAGCCACAAUGCCGUCAGUCGCAUACGUCCACGCAGCGGCUUCGUACCUCCAGUCGCCGGUCCGACCGAAGACCCAUUUGCAGCUAAUGGACAUGUUGAGUCGCACCGUCCACGCCCCACUCCAAUGUCGCGCAUACAAGAUGUAUCAGAGGAGGAGGAGGCAGACUAUUGGCAGCAGGAUGAAUCGGGAGAGUUCCGCUUCGCUGAGGAGGAGCAACCAGCAGCGGAGGAGGAGAUGGACCAACCACAGAACAUACAGCCGCCGCAGCUUGAACCUCCUACACGUACACCAGCACCGACACAGCCAUCAAUACCACCUGAACGCACUUCGAGACCUCGCCGCAAUAUCCAGACCGAUGCCCAACGCCUUCAAGCAGCUAUCGAGGCAUCCGCGCAAUCUGCAGAACGGAUAGCAGCCGGAAGAGCGGAACGCAGGGCCGCACGAGAAGCUACAUCACAACCCGACCCUAUCCCACUGGCAACGCUCAUGCAUAGGGCCUACGUUUGCGGAUACGAGAUAGUGUCCGAUGAACCUAUCCUAUCCAGCAUGUCACCACAGGCGUUCGAGCAGUUGGCGCGGGCCCUUGCGGCUUCAGGAGGUCAGGCAGUCGAGUUGGAUGCAUCAGAGAGCGACCCAGCUAGUUGGAAGGCUGCCAUGGCCGGACCGAACAAAGCUCAUUGGUUCGGUGCUGGAGGCAAGGAAGCGGUCAGUCUGAAGGAACGGGAUGUCUACGAGCUGGUUCCACGAAGUGCUGUGCCAAGAGGCCGAAGAGUCAUGCGAGGAAAGAUGGUCCUGCGCUUGAAAGGGGAUCAAAACAGUCAGCCCGUACGCUUCAAGGCACGAUACGUUGUUCAAGGCUUCAUGCAAGUGGAAGGUCGAGACUUCAACAAGACGACUUUGCCGACCGCACGACUUGAAUCACAACGACUUGUACUCAGCAUCAUGGCGACGUACGGUUGGGUUGGCGCUCAGUUCGACGUCUCUACAGCAUUCUUGUAUGGCGAACUUGAAGAUGGCGAAGAACUCUAUGUUGAACAGCCCACCGACUUUAAGGAACCGGGCAAGGAGGAUUGGGUCUGGCGCUUGAAGAAGGGCUUGUACGGGUUGAAGCAAGGCUCAAGGGUGUGGAAUCGUACACUGAACACAGCACUCGAAGGAUGGCAGUUCAAAUGGCUGGAUUGCGAGUGGUGUGUCUACUAUCGCAACUCACCCACCGGCCAAUCCGUCAUCGUCGUACAUGUCGACGAUAUGACGGGUGCAUUCUCCUGCAAGGCCGAACGCGAUCGCUUCGAAGCAGAACUCCGAUCCAUCUGGCAAAUCACAACCUCCGAGCUCGUAUUCGGUCUCGGGAUAGGCAUGACACGAGAUCUGGCUGCCCAUACUAUCGCUCUGGAGCAACACGCCCUUAUCGACCGCAUUAUUGCCGAGUACGCACCAGAUGCAUUGGCCGUCUCCACACCCACGCGAUCGGAUGUCAAAUUGCACAAGCCUGACCCAAACGAAAGACUCACGCCAGUUGAACAGUCUGCGCUGGAUGCCCUUCCAUACAGACCUCUGGUUGGGUUACUGCAAUAUCUUCUUGCCGGUACUCGCCCAGAUCUUGCUUAUGCCAUCUCAGUUCUAUCAUCUUUCAUGAACUGCUACCGUGUCGAGCACUGGAACACUGCCCUUUGGACGGUUCGAUAUCUCAAAGGCACUCACAACUUGAAGUUGGUUCUUGGCGGCAUGACCCCGAUACGACUAGUCGGGUACACGGACGCCAGUUUUGCAGACUGCCCGGAUACUCGCUGCUCAACUGGAGGUUACGCGACCUUCUUGAAUGUUGGUGCAGGACCAAUCUCAUGGGCGUCACGCAAACAACUCGACACGGCCAAUUCGACGUGCGUGUCGGAGUAUAUCGCAGCGCACGAUGCAGCAAAAGAGCUCGUGUGGCUUAGAACACUACUAAGCGAACUUCGCCUGACGCCAAUCGGACCAACCCCUCUAUUCUGCGACAACAGCGCUGCUGUGACUCUAGCUGGCGACCAAGCGUUCCACAAGAAGGUCAAACACGUUGCCGUUCGGUACCACUAUCUACGUGAAUUGGUGCAUCGCCAGCAAAUCGUUGUAAACCACGUCUCCGGAAAGUCAAACGUCGCUGAUAUCUUCACCAAGCCUCUGGGACCUGGUCCCUUCGAGCGCUGUUGA